GGAACUAGGAAGUGUGUGCGACGUGUGCGGUUGGAGCCGGGUUUGGGGAGAGUUUGCUCUGCCGGGGCGACCAACGACAGGAACGAGCCCUCCCGCGGCAGGACUCCUCACCUGGGCCCUGCUCACGUCACAGCUUCUCCUGCCAGCCCCGCCCCCACGCUUGGGAAAGAGUUGUGAUCCCCGCGCCCCGUCUUUCGCUGACCCCCAGCGCUUUGCCGGGCAUGGCUUCUGCCCCUUCUGGCUCCAACUGGGGCCUGAUCAUGAACAUCGUAAACAGCAUCGUGGGGGUCAGUGUACUAACGAUGCCCUUCUGUUUUCGGCAGUGUGGCAUCUUUCUGGGAGCCCUGCUGCUUGUUUUCUGCUCCUGGAUGACUCAUCAAUCCUGCAUGUUCCUAGUGAAAUCAGCCAAUCUCAGCAAACGCAGGACCUAUCCUGGGCUAGCCUUCCAUGCCUAUGGAAAAACUGGAAAAAUGUUGGUGGAAACCAGUAUGAUUGGACUGAUGCUAGGAACCUGCAUUGCUUUCUAUGUUGUAAUUGGAGACUUGGGAUCAAACUUCUUUGCCCGGUUGUUUGGGCUCCAGGUGAGCGGCUGGUUCCGGGUAGUCCUGCUCUUUAUUGUCUCCCUCUGCAUACUUCCACUGAGUCUCCAGAGGAACAUGAUGGCUUCCAUACAGUCCUUCAGUGCCAUCGCUCUGAUCUUUUACACAGUGUUUAUGUUUGUGAUCACGGUCUCCGCUUUCAAACACGGCCUCUUUGGCGGGCAGUGGCUGCAGCGGGUCAGUUACGCACGCUGGGAGGGCAUUUUUCGCUGCAUUCCUAUCUUUGGCAUGUCUUUCGCCUGUCAGUCCCAGGUCUUGCCAACCUAUGAUAGCCUGGAUGAACCAUCUGUUAAAAUCAUGAGUUCCAUAUUUGCCUCGUCGCUGCAUGUGGUCACUGCCUUUUACAUUACAGUGGGGUUCUUUGGUUAUGUGAGCUACAUUGAAGCCAUUGAGGGGAAUGUACUCAUGAACUUUCCUUCCAAUCUGGUGACUGAGAUGAUACGUGUGGGGUUUAUGAUGUCUGUAGCAUUUGGAUUUCCGAUGAUGAUUCUGCCAUGCCGACAGGCACUGAAUACUCUUCUGUUUGAACAGCAGCAAAAAGAUGGGACCUUUGCUGCAGGAGGUUAUAUGCCACCUCUCCGAUUUAAAGCCCUGACACUGGCGGUGGUGUUUGGAACCAUGGUCGGAGGCAUCAUGAUCCCAAAUGUGGAGACCAUCCUCGGCCUAACAGGGGCAACCAUGGGAAGCCUCAUCUGUUUUAUCUGCCCAGCUCUUAUUUACAAGAAAAUCCACAAAAAUGCCUUUUGCUCACAGAUCAUACUAUGGAUUGGCUUGGGAGUAUUGAUCAUUAGCACGUACACCACCUUAUCUGCAACUCAAGACACCCGGACAAAAAUAGAAGCUGUAGAACCAGGUAAACUGCCAGGAGAAAUCAAGGAAGUAUUGGACCAGGAUUCUAUCAAGCUUGCAGACCAGAAUCCAGAAAUGAAAGAAGUGCCUGACCACCAUGGCGAGCCCAUUCUGCUGAAUGGGAAAGAAGAGGUGGAACAGCCACAGAUCAAGGUUCCCAUGGAUGUGCCGAAGAGAGAAGAGAAGGAGAAACCAAAGGAGGAGGUGCAACUGGACCGUCCCGACCAAGGUAUUGCACAGCCUGUGGGAGAAGCCCAUCGCCAUGAGCCACCUGUGCCACAUGACGAAGUAGUGGUGGAUGAGGGUCAGGACCGUGAGGAGCCAGAGCAAAAGCAAACAGACAACAAAGAAGUCCUGGUGGAGGAGAAUCCUGUGCUGGUGGAGGAACCAGCACAGCAUAAACCAGUCCCCAAACAAGCAAAGGGAGAUGGCAGCCAGGAAAAGUUGGAGGACCAUCCUGUGAAAGACCCAAAGAUUCUGCAAGAGGGGGUUGCACGGGAGGAUGAGCGGCCUCCCUACAAAGACCUUCAGCUGGACAAGCAGGGCGAGAGGAAAGGCCAAGCAGUGGGUGGGAAGGAUGGUGCCAAUCUGCAGUUAGCAGAACACGGAAAGGAGAGGGUGAAAUCUGUUGAAGAGACGGGUGUAAAAAAGGAGCUGUUUCCUCCAGAGAAGCUAGAGCCCCCUGAAGCUGACCAAAGAGAGAUUCGCAAUACAGAUGAGAAUGCAGAUAGCAAGCUGGAGGAAGCUGGGAAGAAUCUGAUAGACAAUGCAGUCCUGUUGCAAGUGAUUAAGGAACAGCAGGUUCAGCAGAAGCAGCUCUUAGAGCAGCAGGCCAAGUUGCUGGCAGUCAUUGAAGAACAGCACAAGGAAAUCCACCUGCAGAAGCAAGAGGAGGGAGAUGAGAAACCAAAGCAAGAAAUUCUCCAAGAACCUUUCUCCAAGAGUAAGGAAAGGGAGGAAGACCCUGAAAAUAAAAUUGAAGGUGCCGCAAAGAACAUACCUAAUGAUAGACUGGAUCGUCCCUUGCAAAUGCUUGACAAGCAGUCCCAAGCCUCUGAUGAGCAGAGAAGACAGCAGGCUGCAGGUCCAGGAGAAGGAGAGCAUAUGCGUAGCAAAUUAACUGGCGCUCCACAUAAGAACUCUGCAGCUCACAGGAAUGAUGGUGAGAAAAUGGCACAGCUCCCGGCUGGGAAAAACCAAGCUGGGGAAGUAAUGGAGCCUGUCAGAAGUGAUUCACAGAAAGCAAAGGCUGAUGGGCUUCACCAGGAAAAGCACGAAAAGCACGAGGGAUUAAAAGAAGGCCAGGACACUCAAGUGGUACAAAACGCCCAGGAAAGGGGCAAGUACGCUCAGAAAACAGAUGAGGUUGCAGAAAGAGCUAAAGGCCAAAAAGAAAUCCUUGAGGCUGCUAACGCUGCUGGGAGGGUUCCUCGGAGAGAGUCUGAGAAGGAGCCGCCUGCCAAGGAAGCUAAAAAUGAGGAGCCCCCUGAUCAAGGGAAAGCCGAUGUUGCCCAUAAACCAAAGGUUGCUGCAAUUGAGCAAGAGAAGCUGGAAGUCCCAGAAGCUGUACGUGUUGACAGAAUGGAGAAACAGACCUCCUUGGACCAGGCACAGAGGCUGCAGGCCCAGGGGGCUGACGGCCAGGAGCAAAUGGUCGCUGCGGCCCACAGCCCACAGUCCAUUCACGCUAAUGAGCAAGAGCCUCGGGCAGAGGACGAGCCGAAAGAACAAGAGAAGUUGCCCGGGUUGCCAGAGCAUGCGCGAGCCGCCCCUCGGGACCACGACAACGGCAAGCCCAACAGAGACCUCAGGCUGCAAGCUGAUCUGGACCUACGCCGCAGGAGGCGGGACCUGGAAGAAGACGCGGGGGAGACGGGGGGCGUGAUCAUUGGACUUAAUCCCCUCCCAGACGUGAAAGUCAAUGACCUCCGUGGUGCGCUGGAGACUCGGUUAAAUCAGGCAGCAGAAGGUGCCCAGCAAGCACUUCAUAGUCGACAGAUUAAACAGAUAGUGGCGGCAGAGGAAGAGGUGUGAACGAGGCAGCCUUUGCACUAUUGGGAACAGAUGUGAACCGCUGCCAGCCAUUUGGGGGUGUCUGUUACUGAACAAACCGCUGCUGGGAAUGCAACUGCUGGCAGUCAGAAUGGGCAAAUGUUGACCUGCCCGCUCUGCCAAGGAGAGGAACUCCAUUAUUGCCAGCCAGUUGCAUACAUCGACGCUGUAACACUUUCUCCUUGUUGUGCUGGUGGCGAAACUGCAGAAAUCAGGCCCACCCGUCUUCUGGGCUUUGGAGAGUGCUUUGCGCUUGCUACCUUUCCAAAGAAACAUUAGCAUUUUCUUCUUGCUCAGUUGCCUUUACCUCAUUGCUUUAAUCUCUGUGUUUGGCAUUAAAGCCUGUCUUCAGGCUCGUCAUCUUUCCGUGUUGGCUCAAGCUGCCCCUCCGCUCCGUGUGCUUGCAUCCCUUAAGUUAAUUUGGAUUGUUUCUUUCUACCUUGUCUACCCUUUGGGGAAUUGUUGACCUGCCUCUGGAAACAAUAUCAAGAAAGUGAAGGAAGCUCUAUGUCUGCAUUGAGAAGACAUGCCAUUCCAGGGAGAAAUUCUUGGGAAAGUUGUGCUAGUUAGAAUUGGAUCCAAACUUAAACGGGCUGUUUUGGUCGUCUUUGGCCACAGGUCCGUAUUAGCAAUAAUAAAGAAGUCACCCAUCCAUUCUUUUUCUCUCUAAGCUAUCAAAGCUUAGGUUGAUGCUUUUAAAACAUUCCUAUACAAAGUGCAUUACGGAACCAUACUGUGCGUGAAAACUCUUGACAGUCACUUGCUGCAAGAAGAUGUGAUGCUUCAAAGUGAAAUGAGAUUUCCAGGAGGCAUUAUUAAAGUGGGCCAGCUUGCAUCUACCUCUCUCCUCCAUUUGGCAAGGGCGCCCACUGUUGCCAUGGAAAGCUUCCCCCACUACCUCCCACUUCAUGGGAAUGUGAAAACUGGUAGUGCUGAUCCUUGACUCAUGGCUCACAGACUUGUGCAAAACUGGUUUGUUUCAGGCCUCCUGGUAGGGGACAAGCAUUUGUUGCUAACAACUGAGAAGGCAAGACUGAGCAGCUUUGAACAUACCUGACAUCUGUCCAUCUAAUCUGAGAUUCUUCAGACUGCUGGAAUAAUGGAAUAUGGCACUGUGAAAGCAUUAUGCUAUAAGCAGAUGCAAGUCUUUCAGUCUGUAAAAUGGCCUCUGUAUCUUGUUUCGCCUGCUUUUCCAGAACAGCAUGUCUGGGUUCAGCAGGCAGAGAUGCCAGUACUGAUGCUGCUUCUGAGGCAAUAGCAUGUCCUGACAAAAGGAAUGCAGCUGGGGGCCACCUUUGCCAUAUCUUGCCUGCAGACUGUGCUUGAGGCACUCUAAAGCAGGAGACGAAGCAUCGUGGCUGGUUCCACUUACCUACUUGCAGGGGCAUUUUGCCUUGUCAUGAACAUGCUUUUCAUUGCAGCCUUAAUCGUCAGGAGUCCCGAUGGCCCCUUUUGUUUCUUCAUGCUAAACCGUACUUUGGCCCGACGGGAAUGGGCUGCAGCGUGCUCAGGCUCGCUCGCUUCCCCGGCUGCCCUCCAGCGCAGCUGCAAGAGCUCAGAAGCUCUUGCUGCCUUGUCUGCAUAACCAACACUUGUCACGCCACUUGAAUACCAAACUGUUGCUUACCGUCAGCUAUGGUUUGUAUCAAACAGAUCAUGAUGAACAGCACCCACAGCUACUUGGUUCAGCUUACGUGACAAGCCACGCUUAAACAGAAAGAGAAGGGAUGUCUUUUGAACUCCUGUUGUGCCCACACCACAAGGCUCCCUGCAACUCAUUCUCAAGGCACUAAACUAUGGUUUAAUGCAAUCUUUCCCAGCCCAGGGUUCCCAGUUAUGGGACUCAUAAUUCCUAUCACCUCAGCUCUUUGGCUGAGGUGGUAAGAACUGACAUCUAACUUCAGGGGACUCUAGGUUAGGAAAAGAUACAGCUUAGCAUGAUUCUGAAAUGCAGGCAGUGAGUGGUAAUACUCGAAGCACAAUUAACCCGCAGCUGGGAUUGUAUCAUUUCCUUCCGUUAUGUAUAUAUGAUUUCUUUCUAGAGUGUGUUUUUUGUAAAUACCAGGAAAGCUGCUGUACUGUAAAGGGCAUCCGCUCGAAUGUCCUGCCAGGCUUCUUCCAACCAAUGGCGACGUGACUAUGUGCUGUGCCUGCUCUGUGACCAAAGAUACUUCUCACAUUCCUCCACGGAGCAAGUGCAUUUUAAUCAAGGCAUCUCCAAGCAACAGUGGAGAGAGAGACUGAAGGAAGAAGGCAGUGGACUUCAGCUAGAAUUCUUCCCUUGGUACCAUAGCACAGGUUCUAGUUGGCAAGGUUGUACAGUGACGAGCAGCUGGGGGUAUGGCCAAGCUGCACAAACCAAUAAAGUCAGUUCAAGCAUUUUA